AUGCUGCAGCCUUGAGCCGUCCCUCGUCUUCCACUCCGGCUCCCUCUGGUCGACGGCAGGCGGGCGGGCGCCGAGCUGCUGAGGCCAUGCCACUGAAACAUUAUCUCCUUUUGCUGGUGGGCUGCCAAGUCUGGGCUGUGGGCUUGGCCUACUAUGGCUGCCCUAGUGAAUGUACCUGCUCCAGGGCCUCCCAGGUGGAGUGCAUCGGGGCACGCAUCGUGGCAGUGCCCACCCCGCUGCCCUGGAACGCCAUGAGCCUGCAGAUCCUCAACACGCACAUCACCGAGCUCAACGAGUCUCCGUUCCUCAACAUCUCAGCCCUGAUCGCCCUGAGGAUUGAGAAGAACGAGCUGUCCCACAUCAUGCCCGGGGCCUUCCGCAACCUGGGCUCGCUGCGCUACCUCAGCCUCGCCAACAACAAGCUUCAGGUCCUGCCCAUUGGCCUCUUCCAGGGCCUGGACAACCUCGAGUCCCUCCUUCUGUCCAGCAACCAGCUGGUGCAGAUCCAGCCGGCCCACUUCUCCCAGUUCAGCAACCUCAAGGAGCUGCAGCUGCACGGCAAUCACCUGGAGUACAUCCCCGAUGGGGUCUUUGACCACCUGGUGGGUCUCACCAAGCUCAACCUGGGCAAGAAUAGCCUCACCCACCUCUCGCCCAGGGUCUUCCAGCGCCUGGGGAACCUCCAGGUCCUCCGGCUGUAUGAGAACCGGCUCUCGGACCUCCCCAUGGGCUGUUUUGAUGGGCUUGGCAACCUCCAGGAGCUGGCCCUGCAGCAGAACCAGAUUGGCAUGCUGCCCCCCGGCCUCUUCCACAACAACCGGAACCUCCAGAGGCUCUACCUGUCCAACAACCACAUCUCCCAGCUGCCCCCCGGCAUCUUCAUGCAGCUGCCCCAGCUCAACCGGCUCACGCUCUUCGGGAAUUCCCUGAAGGAGCUCUCCCCGGGCAUCUUUGGACCCAUGCACAACCUGCGAGAGCUUUGGCUUUACGACAACCACAUCACCUCCCUCCCGGACAAUGUCUUCAGCAGCCUUCGCCAGUUGCAGGUCCUGAUCCUCAGCCGCAACCAGAUCAGCUACAUCUCCCCCGGUGCCUUCAAUGGGCUGGUGGAGCUGCAGGAGCUGUCGCUCCAUACCAACGCGCUGCAGGAGCUGGACGGGAGCGUCUUCCGCAUGUUAACCAACCUGCAGAACAUCUCCCUGCAGAACAACCGCCUCAGACAGCUCCCGGGGAACAUCUUCGCCAAUGUCAACGACCUCAUGACAAUCCAGCUGCAGAACAACCAGCUGGAGAACCUGCCCUUGGGCAUCUUCGAUCACCUGGGGAAGCUGUGCGAGCUGCGGCUCUAUGACAACCCCUGGAGGUGUGACUCAGACAUCCUUCCGCUCCACAAUUGGCUUCUGCUUAACAGGGCCCGGCUGGGGACGGACACCCUCCCGGUGUGUUUCAGCCCAGCCAGUGUCCGAGGCCAGUCCCUCAUCAUCAUCAGCAUCAGUGUCGCUAUCCCCAGUGUCCAGGGCCCAGUGACCCCCGAGGUUCCCAGCCACUCAGAGACAUCACAGUACCUGGACACAUCCAGCUACACUGACACCACCUCUGUCUCCUCCGCCACUGACUUCACCAGCACCGUGUCGGACUACACUGAUCUGACCACCAUCGGGGUCACGGAUGCCCAGAGCAUGACCCCAGCCCAGAGAGGGCUGGCCAUUGCCGCCAUUGUCAUUGGCAUCAUUGCCCUGGCCUGUUCCCUGGCUGCCUGCAUCUGCUGCUGCUGCUGCAAGAAGAGGAGCCAUGCCGUUCUGAUGCAGAUGAAGGCACCCAAUGAGUGUUAGAGAGGCAGGCUGGAGGCAGGGCUGGGGAAUGGUGGGACCACCAGAGAAUCCAGGACUUCAUUACUCCAUCCCUCGGCCCAUAGAGCCAUCCCUUGUUCUUCUCUCUGGUCCCCGAGCAAAAGACACCCCCACCUUUUCCUGACCUGCCUGGUUCUCCUUUAGAAGAGGUUCUUGCAGAAUCUCCUUACCAUUAGGAAGAUUGGACUGGCCUUGGCUAAAACCUUGCAGGGUUUCCAAUUCACACCCCUGGGCUUCCUCCAAGAAGGCCCCUCCUCCAAAGCCUCACCAGCUCUCCUCCAAGAACCACCUUCCCUGUUCCCGCACCCCUGCUGGUCUCUAUAGACACAAUUAUGACACACCUGCCCACUUUGUGGGAAUAGUUCUCCACCGGGACCACCCCUCUCCUAAGUAUGAUGUAAAUUGACCUCCCCUCUUUCUUCCUCUUGUUUGUGGCAUAGCUCUACCCUGUCCCAUCAAAUAAAAGGUCUCCUUUCAUUUCUUGC